AUGGCCGUGCGCCGGUUACCUUGGAGACCGCAGUCGCUGCCGCCAUCUUGUGAGACCGGAGGGUUGCCACGGCAACGGGCGCCGCCGAGGAAGACAGCGCUAUAUCGUAAAUUGGCACUGAAAUACCACCCAGACAAAAGUUCAGAUCCAUGUGCAGAGGAUAAGUUCUUACAAAUUGCAGAAGCGUAUGAUGUUCUAAGUGAUUUAAAAAAGAAAGCAACCUAUGAUAAAUUUGGUGAGGAGGGUUUGAAAGGAGGGAUUCCUAUUGAAUUUAGUGAAACUGGCGCUUGGACAACCGGAUAUACCUUUCAUGGAAAUGCCAACAAAAUCUUCAGGGACUUCUUCGGUGGAGAUAAUCCAUUUGCAGAUUUUUUUGAUUCAGAAGGAGAUGUAAGUUUGGGAUUUGGAGGGCUACGAGGCCGAGGAGUUAAGAAACAAGAUCCCCCUAUCGAAAAGGAUCUCUAUUUGUCUUUAGAAGAUCUAUAUCAUGGAUGCAUGAAGAAGAUCAAAAUUUCACGCAGGGUUAUGAAUGAAGAUGGUCACACUUCAAGUAUUAAGGAUAAGAUCCUGACCAUUCAGGUUAAACAAGGUUGGAAACCAGGAACUAAAAUCACAUUCCCAAAAGAAGGAGACCAGGGUCCAAAUAACAUUCCAUCAGAUAUUAUCUUUACUGUAAAAGAAAAACCACAUCCGUGGUUCUGUCGACAAGAAAAUGAUCUAAUUUUCUGUGCUCCAAUUUCCUUGGCAAAGGCUCUAACAGGUCACACCAUUGAAAUUGAGACACUUGAUGGCAGAUUUCUCAGCAUCCCAAUCAAUGAUAUUGUCCAUCCAAAAUAUACCAAAGUAGUUCCAGGAGAAGGAAUGCCGUUAUCAAAGGAUCCAUUACAAAAGGGAAAUCUCGUGAUCCAGUUUAACAUUCACUUUCCAGAAAAGCUCACACCAGCAAAGAAGAAGUUGAUUAAUCGAGCAUUGCAAGUAUAA